GAGCAGGGGGAGGUGAAGCAGCUACAGCUAACUAGCCAUGUUGCUGUCCCCGCUGCUGCUGUCGGUGUGUGACUGCUAGCGGGCCGCCCUGGACUCCCUAACCGCCCUGAGGUGCAUCAUGCCCGGCUGGAAGAAGAACAUUCCGGCCUGUCUCCAGCCGGACCAGGAAGGAGAUGAGGGGCCGUACGCAAAACACUCCGCCGGGUCUCGACCUCCGGACCGAGCGCUGGCCAUCAGGAGGCAGAGUAUACCAGAUGAGUUUCGGGGCUGCACCGUGGUGGAGCUGAUGAAGAAGGAGGGAACGACGCUCGGCCUCACCGUCUCAGGAGGCAUCGACAAAGACGGAAAACCUCGGGUUUCAAACCUGCGGCAAGGAGGCAUCGCUGCCAGGAGUGACCAGCUGAACGUGGGCGACUACAUCCGCUCCGUCAACGGCAUCAACCUGGCCAAGUUCAGACACGACGAGAUCAUCAGCCUGCUGAAGAACGUCGGGGAGCGAGUCGUGCUGGAGGUGGAGUACGAGCUGCCGCCCGUCUCGGUCCAGGGCUCAGGGGUCGUCUUCAAGAACGUGGAGGUGACGCUUCAUAAAGAAGGAAACGGCUUCGGCUUCGUCAUCAGAGGUGGAACCCAGGAGGACCGGAACAAGACCCGGCCCAUCGUUGUAACAACCAUCAGGCCGGGCGGGCCGGCCGACAGGGAAGGGACUGUCAAACCGGGGGACCGGUUGCUGAGCAUCGACGGGAUCCGUCUCCACGGCAACACGCUGUCGGAGGCCAUGAGCAUCCUGAAGCAGUGCGGACAGGAAGCCACGCUGCUGAUCGAGUACGACGUAUCAGUGAUGGACUCGGUGGCCACGGCGUCGGGGCCGCUGCUGGUCGAGGUCGCCAAGCCGACGGGCUCCAGUCUGGGCGUGGCCCUGUCCACCUCCCUGUUCUGCAGCAAGCAGGUCAUCGUCAUCGACAAGGUCAAACCCGCCAGCAUCGCAGACAGGUGUGGCGCUCUUCAUGCAGGGGAUCACAUCCUGUCCGUUGACGGGAAGUCGAUGGAGUUCUGUUCUCUGGCUGAAGCCACUCAGCUGCUCUCUGCUUCCUGUCAGACCGUACGCAUGGAGAUCCUGCCGCAGCACCAGGCCCGACCGGCCCUGAACGCACCGCAGCACGCCCUCAGCCACUCGUUCUCUCCUGGUUCCAUGUCGGCCUAUAGUCUCUCGUCCCUCAACAUGAGCACCCUGCCCAGGAACAUGUACCCCACGAGUCCACGCAGCACCAUGAUGAGGAGGAAGAACAAGAAGAAGGACUUCAAGAGCUCCUUGUCUCUGGCGUCCAGCACCGUGGGACUCGCCGGUCAGGUGGUCCACACGGAGACCACGGAGGUGACGCUGCUGGGCGACGGCAUCAUGGGGUUCGGCCUGCAGCUGCAGGGCGGAGUCUUCGCCACGGAAACGCUGUCGUCGCCGCCGCUCAUCGCCUACAUCGACCCCGACAGCCCAGCUGAGAGGUGCGGCAUUCUGCAGAUCGGAGACAGAAUCCUGUCGAUCAACGGCGUCCCGACCGAAGACUCGACUCUGGAGGAGACCAACCAGCUGCUCCGAGACUCGUCCAUCACCGCUCAGCUCACGCUGGAGAUCGAGUUCGACGUGGCAGAGUCGGUCAUCCCCAGUUCUGGAACGUUCCACGUGAAGCUCCCAAAGAAACCCGGGGUGGAGCUCGGAAUCACCAUCAGCUCUCCGUCCAACAGGAAACCAGGCGAUCCUCUGAUCAUCUCAGACAUCAAGAAAGGCAGCGUCGCACACAGGACGGGGACGUUGGAGCUGGGGGACAAGCUGCUGGCCAUCGAUAACAUCCGGGUGGAGAGCUGCUCCAUGGAGGAAGCCGUUCAGAUCCUGCAGCAGUGCGAGGAGCUCGUCAAGCUCAAGAUCCUCAAAGACGAAGACAACUCCGAUGAGCAGGAGGUGACCGGCAGCAUCAUCUACACGGUGGAGCUGCAGAGGUACGGAGGCCCGUUGGGGAUCACCAUCUCAGGCACCGAGGAGCCGUUCGACCCGAUCAUCAUCUCCUCGCUGAGCAAAGGAGGGCUGGCUGAGAGGACCGGGGCGAUCCACGUGGGCGAUCGCAUCCUGGCCAUCAACAGCAGCAGCUUGAAGGGGAAGCCUCUGAGUGAAGCCAUCAGUCUGCUGCAGCAGGCCGGGGAGACCGUCACGCUGAAGAUCAAGAAGCAAGGCGACCUGUCCAGCCCAAAGUCCUGCGUGAUUGGUCCAGGCUUGGUGCCAGGGGCGGGGCUAACCCAGGAGAACCAGGAUGUGGAGGAUGGGCCUGUUAUCACGGUCGCCCCUCCCCAGAGGACGUUCAGCACGCUGCCGUCGGUGGACAGCGCCGUGGAGUCCUGGGACGGGUCCAACAUGGACAGCAGCUUCAACACCUCAGCUCCGCCUUUUCAGUCGUCUCCGUACAGUUUUCAUGAGUGGCGCAGCCUGAAGACGACCAACAGCCAAUCACAGUCCUCCACGCGGCCGAGGGCCAAUCCGCUGUCAGACCUGGGGCUGAGUGACGACGACUGGGACCGCCCACCGCUCGGAGGGUUCACUGUGGGGCACGACGGGACGGAACCGGACCAGGAGGAGAACUUCUGGUCUCAGGCUCUGGAGGAUUUGGAAACGUGCGGUCAGAGCGGCAUCCUCCGAGAACUCGAGGCAACCAUCAUGUCAGGCUCCACCCUCAGCCUGAACCACGACCCCACCCCUCUGCGCAGCACACUCGGUCGUCAGGCGAGCUUCCAGGAACGCAGCAAUUCCAAACCGCAGGUCAACCCUCGCGCCAACACGUUGCCCUCGGACCCUCAGCGCCGAGCCUUUGCCAUGAAAAAGAUGAGGCAGGAAGUCAACGACAUCUUAAACCAGAACCCUGUGGAACUCCAUAAGCUCAUUUUGGAGAAGGCCUCGGACCUGGAGGAUUUUGGUUUCAGUGUUUCUGACGGUUUGUUGGAUCGCGGCGUCUACGUUAAUAACAUCCGACCGGGCGGCCCGGCAGAGCGGGGCGGCCUGCGUGCCUAUGACCGAAUCCUGCAGAUCAACCACGUUCGGACCAGGGACUUCGACUGCUGCCUCGUCGUUCCGCUCAUCGCAGAGUCUCCAAAUCGUUUGGAACUGGUCAUCAGCCGAAACCCCUCCUCUUCCUCGUGCCCGCUGACCAAUCACAACGAAGGCACCACCAACAGCCACUCCCAUCAGCCAAUCAACAGCGAGGUCGGGCCGUCAGAGAUCUCCCUGGACCCGGUUGAAGAUGGUGGUCCCAUCAAGUGGAGCCAGCCAGGAGACAGCCUGCUGGCAGGGCUCGGCUCGGGGCAAGUCACUAAUAACUCCUUAUAGCAGACAGAAACCGGACCAAACUGGAUUCAGUCUGGAUCGGAGAGGUCAGUAAGGAGAACCGUGCAGCAGUUUUGGAGUCAAACUGGUUUAGAACUGUGUAAACUGGUUCAAAGUGGACCUCUCGUGGUGCUACACACCCUCUGGAUGAACCUUUGACCUUUGAACUGCUAAAGCAGCCUGAAAGCACACCAUUGGCCCGGAACUCUUCACAUUUUCACCCAAACCAGUUCUAAACCGGUACAACUGGGGUCACCGGAGCCAGAAUCACAACCACAGCUGGAGAUACUGGUCCAGCUAGUCCAAGAUGAAAAGUCUGCUGGUCCCACUGGCCUAGAGCCAUGGCUGCUGGUUCUACUGAAGCCUCGACCUCAGCCAAGUGUACUGGUGGCGUGCAGACCUAAAACUGGGCCUUCUGGUCCCCCUGAAGGGACAUGGAUACUGGUUUUACUGUUCUGGGACAAGGGUUACUGGUUCUCUAAGCCUAGGGAACUAGUCUAGAAAUACUACUAGUCUGGUGUGGUCCAGUGGUCUUACUGGUCAAAGACUCAUGGGUUCUGGUCUUUGUAUUCAACAUUCAGCCAUCUCCACUAUAGUCAGAACUACACCAGUGGUCUUACAUGGUCUAAACCAGUGGUUCCCAACCCU